AUGCCAGUUUUGAAGGUGCUCCUGGUUACAGCCGUCGGCGUGAUUCUGGCAAUUGAGCGAAUGGAUAUUAUGGGGAUGCAUGCGCGAAAGCAUUUGAAUAAUCUGGUGUUUUAUGUCUUGAAUCCAGCACUUGUUGGCAGCAACUUGGGGAAAUUCGUGACAUUAAAAAGGAUAGUUCAGCUGUGGUUCAUGCCAGUCAGUAUCCUUAUCCUCUUUACCGCUGGCUCAGCGCUUGGAUGGUUACUUAUAAAAAUUACGAAAGCUCCUAAGCGUCUGCGAGGCCUCAUCUUGGGAUGUUGUGCUGCAGGAAACAACAGAGCAGCAGGGAAUCUGGGCAACAUGCCUCUCAUAAUCGUUCCAGCUGUCUGUAAAGAGAAAGGCAAUCCAUUUGGAGACGAAAACUUUUGUAAUGUGAAUGGAUUGGCAUAUGUUACGCUCUCUCUGGCAAUUGCAUCCAUCCUCAUGUGGUCAUAUGUGUACAAUGUUGUUCGUAUAUAUUCAAGUAUGGAUUCUGAUGAAGCCACACAGGAUGCCUUACUAGAGGGUAUAGAGCCUGCUCUAGAAACACCAGAAAAUCGUUCAAGUAGUCGAACAGUGUCUCUGCUUCCCUUAAAAGAGCCCUCACUCAAUGAGGGCAUGAAGAACUUUGAGCUCGAUCGUGCAGUGUUGUCAGAGGGAAAGCCAAAGGUGCCAUUUCCAGAAAACAUUAAGCAAGGCUUUCAAAAGGUUCUAAAGAAACUCAACCUGAAGAGAGUGUUUUCACCUUCAAUUAAUGGAGCGAUUGUUGGAUUUAUAAUCGGUACUAUCCCUCCAUUCCGAAAAGUGCUAAUUGGUGAUAAUGCUCCUCUUCAUGUGAUUGAAGACUCUGCAUUCUUGCUUGGGGAGUCAGCUGUCACAAUUGCCACUUUGAUUGUGGGAGCAAAUCUUCUGAAGGGGGUCGAAGCUGCCGAUCUUAGUGAUUAUCGUCCAUUUUGGGUUGGUGGACGCAGACCCACUUUACAAGUUUGUUCUGCUGCUUCAAUUUGCACUGCCUCCAGCAAUCAACAUAGGUACAAUGACCCAGUUGUUUGGAGCUGGCGAAACCGAAUGCUCGGUGAUCAUGCUGUGGACCUAUUCCUUGGCCACAGUUGCGGUAACGCUUUGGUCUGCAUUCUUUAUGUGGUUCGUCAGAUAACUCUCACUUGCCUCUAG